UUUUUUGUUCUACUGUCUUCCCCUUGAUUCCGAAUAAGAGGAGAGCUAAAAACAAAGCAUCAAAAAGCUUGAUCCGAUCACCCAAUCACCCCCCACGUGACAAGAACCUUCGAAGCGAAAGCAAUCAUGGCGUCGCCUCGAGGAGCAGGCACCAUGCGGCGUCGGUCGCCCACGCUCUCCAAUUCCUCCUCCUCUAUCAAGAGAGGUAUCGGAGCCAUGAUGACGCUCUUUGUCUUGUUGCAGCAAUCCGCAUUUGUGGUGUGGGGAAUCCUCUAUAGUCACCAGGAAGGUAGAAGUCACCAGGAAGUGGUGCCAGAGUCAGCAGAGACCGACUUCGUAGAUCCCUCUGCUGAUCCCCAUCUCGUGGGUGACGAGAAACUGGGUCUCAAAAUGACAAAAGGGAGUAGUAGGCCUCACGCUCAGGAGCCGUCGUAUUUGGCCGAUCCCUCUCCUCCAAGGAGAAAUGAGACGUCGACAACGUUCCUUACUAUCUCGGGAAGUGGCAGCAAUCAAGCUAUAGAACCAGCAGACGAAGAAAGAGAAGACUAUGCGUUCGAAGAUUUUAGUAAGGACAUCUCGAGCAAUACCAAAGUAAAAGGCGUUCCGAUGUUCUCACCCGCUUUCGUGCUCAUCUUAAGGCUUUUUCUUCCCCCAUUUUAUCUACAACGAACUGGAAAAGUAAAAAAGGCUCGCGAGUUCUUGGUAACUGAAACUGAAAUUAGUACAGAGUCACUACGCUGCUCUUCUUUAUUCAGUAUCUCGGUUAUUUUAAGUAGUUACUUGCUUAGUUCAGUUUGUCGAAUAUCUUCAGAACCAUCUUGAAGCUGUCAGCUUGAGGAGCAGCAUCUUGGAGCUGUCCUCCCAUAUGCAUAGGGAGACAAAGAACCAUUCUAAGAUGCAUCUUGUCAUCAAAAAAAGGUAAAAGAGCCAUCCUACCUUCUAAGGUGCAUGUUUCUUAUCCAUCACGACCAUCUUGAACAAGCUAUAGAUAUAUCAUCUACGAGUGAUAUAGAUAUAGAUUUAUCAUCUACGAGUGAUAUGUAUCGUCUACAACGAGUGAUAUACUAUAUAGAUAUCUUCACUUCUCUAAGGGUGUACGUGAUCAUCUUGUUCUUGACAUAGAUUUCACUUGUCUAAGGGUGUACGUGAUCAUCUUGUUCUUGACAUAGAUAUCACUUCUCCAAGGGUGUACGUGAUCAUCUUGUUCUUGAUAUAGAUAUCACUUCUCUAAGGGUGUACGUGAUCAUCUUGUUCUUGACAUAGAUAUCACUUCUCUAAGGGUGUACGUGAUCAUCUUGUUCUUGGUCAUGUUCACGGUGUUGAAACAAACGUGGGUCGUCUAUCAUCCGGCGGUUUGCAGGCGUGCGUAUUUGUGCGAAGAGCUGGGGCCUGGAGACAGACCAGCCACACUGAAGCAUCAGGUGUACUUUCAAGUCGGGUAUCAAACCAAAGCCACGGGAAUGAUCUUGCAGUGGUCCUGGGUACUAUGAAUUGGAGAUAUUACGUUUAUGUAUGUUAUGUUGUGAAUGCUCACCUCCUCGAGGCGAGCCAGCUCCUAUCCUAUCCUAUGUUGUUGAGAUACGUUUAUGUAUGUUGUUGUUCUUUUUUUGUUGAAGUGGAACUACAGUCAGGAAUGUUUAUUGAUUCUACAAGGCAUGUUUUGCACCAUCCACUUAUCUUUCAGAUCGCUUUCCUGAUCUGUAUUCUUGCUUUGUCUUUCUUCGUAUACGCGAUCAAAUUGGUUCCGAGUCGGAUCUUCGAAGGUGUCAACCUGUGGUUUCAAAUCGACCUGUGUUUUAACCGCAUGGAAUACUGUGGUGAUCAAGGAGCUGGCGUCUCGAAACAAGACUCGAUAAACUACUUUGCGCUUUACUUGGUAUUUAUACACUUGUUUGUUGAGCUGCUAAUAUUUUCCAUUGUGGUCCUCGUCGGAUUUGGCAAUCACUAGUGUGGUCCUCGAUGUGGUAGUUCUUACAAAUGUUAUAUCCUUCUCGACCUCUCACCAUCUACUCCUUCUCUGAACUCCAUACAGAUUUUUUGGGCCCCCGCUGUGCUUAUGUGCAUUUGGCUCGGCAACUAUUGGUUGUAUUUCCGCAGCUUGUUUUUGACGAAUGUGCCUCUUCAUGCCGCAGACACUCUGGGUGUUGUCGAAUGCGUCUAUGAAGUUUCCGGACACCUAUUUAAGGCUCAGCUUUCAAUGGUCAUCGGGGUUGGUCUCUGAGAUCGAAGAGGCGACCCCUUGAGAGAACAGGGGAAAACGAAGGGAAAGGGGAGAGCUUUGAAGGGGGUCCCUUCCGUUCAGAGGCAGUGACCAUUGAAGGCCGAGCUUUAACCUAUCUUCCGCUGAGCUACUGCAAAGCAUUCAAGCGGCCGAUGCAGAAAGCCAAUUGAGAGAAGGCGUUCAAGCAUCAGCUCGACGAUUCUUGCUAUUUUUAAGGGUCGAUACAAUCCAUCUCUUCCAACGGUCCUUCUCUCUUCUAACUAAAUUUAAAUUUCAUGAUGACCUCCUCCCUCAGGAUUCUGAAGAAAUGAAGGAAAGAAAAGGAAAGAAGUGAAGAGUCAAUUGGGGCCUUCCUUCGCCCUAAUGAUUGGUGCCCGUGCUCCGCCUGUUGGCGCGGAGUAUGAAUUGCGAUCGAAGAACUUGGUGGAAUUGUUGCUGGUGCAGUAUGUCACAGAUGCUGAUGCGCUGGAUCCGAGUGCAGAUGUGCAAAAAAUUGUCCGCUUUCAUUCGGAUUUUUAUGAAAGAAGAAACCUUGAACCUUAAUUUGCUGCAUUUAGAUAUUACAAUUAGUUGUAGUGUAAUUUGCAGCUAACCGAUUGCGAUUUUUGUGCGAGAUUAAUUGUAUCUAUUGUAUUGUAAGCAACCCUCUUGAAAACAGGAAAAUAAGAUAUAUGAGCAGUAACCUUUGUUCUAUGCGGGUGCAGGAUCCAUAAGCUAACCGAACCUCUGGCUUAGCGCACGAGGAUGAGCCAAUCAAAACCUAGUAUUGCACACCUCAUAAGUAGAGCUCAAGAUGAUCAAAUCGCAAAUCCUACUACUACCACCACCACCACCACCACCACCACCACCACCGUCGCCACCUCUUCUUCACCACCACCAUCGCCACCACCACCGCCACCUCUUCUUCACCACCACCACCACCACCACCACCGCCACCUCUUCUUCACCACCACCACCACCACCACCACCUCUUCUUCUAGUCCUACCCUUAUUAAGUACCUCUUCUUCUAACGGGGACUAGUUUACGACCCAGACGUGGACGAAUUCGUAACGCCGAAUGCGUUGCCUAUGGGAGUGGAGCAACUAGUGCAAUGUGACGAGGCCUUACCUUUGACGAGCGAUGAGGUGCGCACUAGGACGCUGCUUACCGGAGGAGGCAAUGUUUUGCAUAUCGAGGUUCCUGGGUUGGCGGGAAUCCUCUUCGGACAGGAGAUGAGGGAUCCCAUCAACAUCUGGCAGAUUGGUCGUUAAGGUCAACAUUUUGUAGUAUGAUCUUUCUCCAAGCGUGGAGGCGGAGCAGCGGCAUCCUAUCCUAUCCUAUCCUAUAUCUCGGUGGUAAGUACGCUUUUCCCUUGUAUUAAUAUUCCUAUGAAAUGACUAAGUAUACAAGGGUAGUAAAGUAGGGGUCAAGGUGAGGGGGCCAAGAUCGAUGCAAUCUAGCAGCCUCUAAUGUCGCGGCUUUCAGUGCGGUCUGCGCCAAUCUAUUGCGCCUGCGACGCUGCCCAUCAUCUUUAACAUGUUCCAGAUGAUCUUCAUCUCGUUCAAGAAACGAGCCGCAUUCUAUGGCCACACAUGAUACGUAGAUGCAUCGUUUUCAUCACAGAGAGUCUUUCUUGCUGUAGCUAGAAAGAGUAAGAUGAUUCAUUCAGUUAGAUUCAUUUUCACAGAGUCUUCUACUAUUGCCCAGGUAGUUCCGUUUUUGGAGUGGAUUGGGAGAGCAUGAAGGUAAAAGAGCAGAUGCAUGAUCCUUCUCGGCUCUUUCUGGUGAGUUUCCCUCUCCCUUUGUGCAAAAAACACGGACAACCUAAUACUACGUGGAUCUUCACUAAGUGGAAGAUCUCCUCCUCUAAGCAUCAGAAUCCUUAGCCACAAUGGCUGCUGUGCCGGAGGAGGAAAUCUACGUGUGCCGUGUCGAACCCGGUGGUCUGCGUGGACGUCAUUGGAAAGACGCUUUGGACGACCGAGACACAACAUCUGGCGGUCUCAGGAAUUCUUCUAAAGGCAGUAUCCGAGAUUCAGGGAGCGGUGGAAGAGCAGAUAGUCUUAGGAGCGGUUCCGAGAUGGAAUGCUGGCCCUCUUAUAACUAUUCGAAAACUCAAAAUAUCCGAGUUCCUGAAUGAAAUAAGGGAGGUAGCUAGCUUUGACAAGGCUACUCUUCCUUCUCAUCAGUAUCUCGGUUGUUCUGAUCAGUUACUUGCUUAUUUCAGUUUUUCGAAUACAAGAAUUCUAUCUCUAUCACUAUCUUCUCUAAUAUCUUUUCAGAGCCAGGAGGUGCACCUAAGAAAGUUACGAUUGUGAGCCGGGAGUCGCAGCGUUUUAGUGCGCAGAACCAAUUUUCGAGUGUUGCCGGGGCCGCAAAAAAGUCGAUACUCAAGGCUACGACGCGCGACUAUUGUUCCAAGUAGAUUCUAAUCAUGUUGAGAAAAGUGACUCGAUGUUAAUAACUUCUGAAGUGUACUACAACUAGUACUAGUUCCAGUAUGCUCAACAUCCUGAUGACUCGAUGAGAUUUGAGUUGAGGCAAUUCUACUAGUUGUACUACUGCUUAGUUCAAAGCCCUAAAGUACUAUAGCCUACCACGUAGUUCAAAGCCCCUAGAAGAUUCUACUUCACAACUUCUUCUCUAAUAUCUUCGGUGGCGCCGCUCUUGAUCAAGGUGGAGGUGCUGAGGGUGCUGGAGGAAUGUCUUUUGGAGACGUGCUAAGAAGAUCGACGAAACAGAACAAGAUGCCUUCGAUUUUCGCCAAGGGCAAAGCAGUCCAAGCAGAAGAUGAAGCCGGAAGUAGUGAAAUCGAGGAAGUUAAGAACAGUGCCUUGCCUACUUAAUAUAGAAGAAGAUUCUGUGUAAGUGAGACAGUGAGUAAUCUUGAAAAGGAGUACUUUCAUGUUGCUGAUUGUGCUGAAAAGGAAAAGGGUUGCCAUUGUUUUUUGAGGGACAUAAGAGCAAGCCUAGAUCAGAUUGUCUCCGUCAAGGGCGGGAGCAGGUUUUUUUUAUUUCGCCCAAGCAUAUUGUCUAUUGAUUGUCUAUCAAUUAUUGUUGAGCUCCUCCUCUAACGACCGUGCUGAGCGUGAUCCUAGCAUCCGUUCCAGUGACGGUGGUCGGAGACAAUCUAGUUUGAGGGAGUCGGUGGCGUCGACCGGCUCCUUCACCCAUUUUGCCGGUCGACAGACCAGCGUGCACGACAGAGCUCAAAUGACCUUAUGGUGUAGGAAAGGAGCUAAGUAAAAGAACAGCACUUGUUGGAGUCUAUGUAAAUUUUUAAGUAGGGUUUUGUAAGUAGUUGAAUGGGAAGCAGCAUGUAGUCCUAUGGAAAAAAAAAACUACGCAGAUCUUUUGCGAGCAAGAAUGAAUGAAUAAAUGAAUGAGUGAAUAAAUGAGUGAUGACUUUAUGACUGGAGAUAUAGGUACUAGAAUCGUCAAAGUAAAAUCAUUCAAAGUUGAUGUUAUAAUAGCCAUCGUAUAAAGUUACUUUCUAAUUCCCGAAAACGAGGGCCAAGUUGAAUGGCGCUGUAUGCUCACUGCUGAACUAGUACCCGGCGACAUUGUGGAAAUUGCGGAAGGCGCGGUGCCUUGUGACAUUGUUUUGCUGGCUGGUUCUUGUGUGAUGAAUGAGGCAGAUCUUACUUUAUGCUCAGCUGCUUUUAUUAAUUUUUGUGUUUUUCAGCAUCUCUAUACACUCUUCGUCCCAUGAAGUGAGUACCUAAUUCAGUACCAACGGAGUCCAUUUUCUUCGUUCGGUUUCCUUCGUCGUAGGAUUUUGUUCUCUGAAAAAAUUUUACAAGGAAGAAACCUAAUUUUUUUUUUAUUGAGCUCUUCUAACAACUGGAGAGCCGAUGCCCAUUCCUAAGGUCCCAGCGGAUCCGUCCCAAACGCCCUUUUCGAAAAGAAACUACUUGUAUUGUGGAACAGAAGUGUUGGCAUCGAAACUGGUACUAUAAUUACGAGCAGGAAUAUCAUGGACUCGUGUCCCUUGGAGUACUUCUUCUAAAUCCUCGCCACCUCCAAAAAUUACGCUAAAAAUGCUACUCGGAGUAAAAACUCAUAUUUUUAAUUCUCUGCAUAACAGGAAGAAGGUUCCGACAACAAGAGGGGCGCAGUUGGCAUGGUAGUUCGCGUCGGAGCCCAGACCGACAAGGGCCAAAUGAUCAAGCGCAUUCUCUAUCCCUCCCCAGUGCAGUUCGCCUUUCUGCAACAAUUAACUACCGUUUUGUUCGUUUCGAUCCUCAUCUACGUGGUCAUCAGCGAGUUGCCGGUCUUCACAGUGGGAUUCUUCCGUGGGGAAGAUAUGUAUGCGGUGAUUGUCGAGAACUUGCACGAGUCCUUCCUGUGUGCGCAGCAAGUGGUCAAUCCGGGAAUGCUGAUGGCGUUGAUGGUAUGCCAAUCUUUGGGCGCAGUAAGACUGAAAGAAGGACCGACCGCUACGAAUACGCUGUUAUGAUUCGACAAAUUUUUCAGAUUUGAAUAUAUCAACAUCUAGCUAGUACUAUCUUGCAAAAUUUCACUUCCCAUAGACUGCUCUAUCCUCCGAACUAUGAAGAUCCUUUGAAUUCCCAUAGACCCUCUAAUGUCCGAAGUAUCACGUAUUUUUUAUAGUAUGAAGACGUAGAAGUGGUCCCCGAGCAGCAGUUUGUUCUGAAACAUGUAUGUACUCGUCUCUAACUCCUGUAACAAGGUUGGUGCCCCUUUUGGUGGCCAGAAAACUUUUUUCUGAAAUCUCCAAAUCCCAAAAUCCAAAACGUGUGUGUAUACAUCUGUGUCCCUCUAAUGUCCGAACUAUCCCGUGUCCUCAUGGCAGGGCAAGUCGACGUGCAAUGCCUCGACAAGACCGGGACUAUCACGGAAGGGGGAUUGCGUUUCAUCGCCGUGCAGGAGCAUGGGGAUCCCGAUGCUCAAGCGCAGCCAAGUGUUGUUAAGAGUAGGUUAAAGGUGCUUUUCUUACCGCUUUUUAUGCCUCUCCUAAGGGAGAAAGGCACAAAAAGCGGGGUAAGCGAGCACCAAAAGCCUACCUCUAAUGUUGUCAACAAAGCGACGGUGGCGUCGGUAAGGUCGGCAAAGUCGAUCCAGCUAGAAUAUCUCUUAUGGCAAGAACCAAGACCAGUGGCGUAACUGACAUACCCGUAGAGUGGGUGCAUUCACUCAGAACCAAGACCAGUGGCGUAAUUGACAUACCCGUAGAGUGGGCGCAUUCACUCACCCACUCGCCCACUCGUUAGUGGUGUAACUGGCAUACCCGUGGAGUGGGUGCAUUCACUCAGAACCAAGACCAGUGGCGUAAUUGACAUACCCGUAGAGUGGGCGCAUUCACUCACCCACUCGCCCACUCGUUAGUGGUGUAACUGGCAUACCCGUAGAGUGGGCGCAUUCACUCACCCACUCGCCCACUCGUUAGUGGUGUAACUGGCAUACCCGUGGAGUGGGUGCAGUCACUCACCCACUCACUCACUCACUCGCUCAAUACAGAUAGAUAAUCUGCUACUUAGAUAGACUCUAAAAACUUCACGUUAACAAACAGGUAGAAGAUAAUUUUGUUUUUAACGUUGUUUUCAAGAAAUUCAGGUCUUAUUUUGUCUAAGGUUGUCUGACCAGAUUGUCCUUAUAGGAUGUUCGACCAGAGUAUAAGGUUGGUUCUUUCCCUUGUAUUUACAGCGAUACUCUCUAAUCCGAGCAAAGGCCAAGCCAAGUGAAACCGUCUUUCGACGCGAGUCCUUGUUGCACAAGGCGUUGAUUUGUUGUCAUACUCUGGACAUUGAUGCUGAAACGGGAGAAUUUAGAGGGAAUGCGGUAGAUACUGAGCUUUUCGCUUCUUUUGCCAUGGACUCGGGCAAUGUCACGCUGAAGUCUAUUCCGGUCAAAGGUGGAGAACAAAACUUACGGAGUGAGAUUAUAGGUGGAAAUAGUAUUAGUAGUAGUUGUUAGUUUGUUUUCAACUGAAGGGACGAUUGGAAAUAGUUUUUGUUUAUUUUUUUUGUCACCUAGUACAUAGGGUGUGGUCGGAAGAAGAUGUAAACUGAUGCAACGAUGAUCCUCCUGGAGUGGGGUAUCGUGUUGUUACUUGUGAUGAAAGUUUGUAGGAAACUUGAGGACAAAGCUACCCACGACAAGGCUUUCCAUCUCCUCCUGCUGCCGGUCCUCUAAGAAGGAGUCUGCAAUCCUCUUCGUUGAUCGUGGAGUAUUACCAGGAUUCGGAAUACGUCCUCCGCACAUUGCGCCAGUUCGAGUUCAAUCAGCAUGUGCAACUACAAUCCGUCCUUGCGGAGGUUGAUGGGACGUUGAUGGUUUUUGCUAAGUUAGGGGUUUCCGAAUUGCAUUCCUCACGACCAUCGCUGACUCUUUUCCUAGUAGAAAAGAGGCCAGGAUGAAUUAUGUGCUGAAGAGUGUAGAAAUUCCGUACCCUCUAACUAAGGGCAGUUUUGAAGCAGUUGCGGGUAAAUGCCAAAACGUGCCUCCGGAGUCGGCCACUAUCGCGAGUGAGCUGUCCCGACAAGGCUACUAUGUGCUGGCCGUUGCGAAACGGGACGACUUCACACGCGAUUUUGCGGAUAACGCGUCCCGGGAAGAGCUCGAAGGUCAGCCUAGUACCAUGAUUAAGAAGAGAAGGAUUAAGAGUAGCGUACCAAUCGAAGUAGAAGUACGAUUAAGAGUUUUACGAUGAAGAAGAGUUGUAGUACCGUUGAGAGUAGAUGAGUCCCAGAUUUCUAUAAGAGCAGAGCACCAUUAAGGGUAGUCACAGUACACAUAGUUACAGUUGCUCUACAUGACAUGAAAUGAAGAUUCUGCACUCUUGAAACAGCUCUAAUCUCCCAGCCAAGGGGAGUCAAGUACUAAGCGACAGUGCAGCCAAGAAUUCUACUACGUCCAAAGUAUCGAAGGCUUCAUCCAAGUUUUCUCGAUCGAGAACUGGUCUAGACGAAGGGGAAUUACAGCCUAGUGAGGAACCAGGUUCCGCAGGUUCCGGAGGAGGUGCACUGCCGUCUAGAGGUGCAAGCAGUAGGAGAAUUAUGAAUAUCGUGAUGUUUGUACCAAUACUAAUAAUUCUGUACUUAUAUAUCUUUUACCUUCUAUCCUUCCUUUUUCUUUUCCUAGUUAGCUUGGCUCCACCCGUAAUAUUGUGAUGUUUGUAUUGCCGUAAGGUGCGAGGACGUUGUAUGUUGGCAUAAUGAAUAUUUUUGAUCUUUGUUGUAUUCUUCUCAAAAUUAAUGUUACUCAGAUGAGUGGUUGAGUUCGAUCUUCUUGAAAGAGCAACGGUAUAAAAAAAGUUGCAAAUAAACAUGAACAUUAGAUGAAGAUUUGGAUUCAAAAAUCCAAGAGUUCUUUCUAAAAGCAGUAGCUUGAAAAGCACUGCAAGCGAUGGGGAAUCAAAGCCAUUUACUCUUUUGGGGUUGGUGUACUUCCGCAACGAGCUGAAACACGACUCAAUUGAAUGUAUCCGCAUGCUGCAACAUGUUAUGAUUGAGGUGGAUAAACUUUAGCAGACUAGUUUGUGGACGGUGGGAAGGUGGGCUUGCUGGGCUACGCUGGGCUGCUAAGUCAUAUUUUUGAUGGGUUAAUGUAUGAAUGUGACUUGUUGGGCAUCAAAAUGGUAGCUGAUACUAGAGAGUAGAAAAGAGCUAUCAACCACAUCAAGGACUCAACCCUCCUCCACAUCCAUCCCUCUACUAGACGCUAAUCCUUAAGGCGAAACGAACGUGCGUAUGAUCACUGGUGACAAUUUGCUUACCGGUGUCCACGUCGCACGACGCGUCGGCAUCGUUCCUCCUGGGGCUGUCCUCAUGAUAGCGGACUUGGCUUCAGUGGUGCGAAGCAUGAGAGGCACUGAACAUUACGGAUUUCUUUUAACAUAUAUCUGUGGCCGUAAAUAUUCGCCCGACGCCGGUACAGGUCAAACUGUGGACGGCGAAUCAACACCUAACCUAACCUGUCUCAACUCUCAAGAGAUGGAUUCAUUUUAAGACGGGUCUCUAAGAGCAAGGAAUUUUGAAAAAGAAAAGCGCACAGAAAUUUUCAGUGAACAGCGGAGUUAGCGAAAAUGCGAAGGACACGGUUACAGAUAAAGCGGAAACGGUACUGCAAUGGCGCUAUCUUGCCGAAGAACCUGAGGAAGGACCCCUCGUUACGGCUAGAGAAUUAAUUCUCCUCUCGCAGGCGAGCCCACUCCUAUCCUAUUUUAUCCUAUCCUAUUCUGUACUUAUGAUCGACUUGAAUUCACUUUCUUGUUGCCAAACAUCCUGCGUGGUCCAGGUCCUCUCGUUUUUGACACUAUACGGAACAUAUUUUUAUUGUCAAAUGAGAGAAAACGGGUACCAAGAAUAAUAAGAUGAUACAGGAGAAUACUACUAACACCUACACAUAAAGUACUAGCAAUACUAUUAAUGAUACAUGAUAAAGUACUAGUAAUACUAUUAAUGAUACAUAAAGUACUAGUAAUACUAUUUUCAACACCUCCUACUACAACUUCUAAUGCUGACAUUCGUGAAGACGAUGGUGAGGAUGAUGGUCGUGAGCGCACGGUUGAGCAAUUGUUGGACUUAGGAAGACGGAAACUGGAAGACCGACAACGGGCAACUGAGCAACGCCGGUCAAGUGAGCGAGAGGAGUUCGAUCCUAAUGUUAUGGAGACGGUUAACAUGGAGGUUCAGUAAUAUCUACUACUCAUUCUGCUCAUAGUCAUUGCUCCUGCAUUUAAGCGAAGAAAAGUCAGUAGUAAAGUUUCACAACUACAUUUUUUUCGACGAAUUAACUUUCCUCCACACAAUCAAAAUAUGCAGAACGAAGUGUGUUGUCCUCUAAUCCAUCCAGUGUGGUGUGGCGUCCAUCGUCUGUCAUGCAGCCACGCCCUACAGCUAGUCUUCCGUCUCCAGAUGCCUUCAUCCGGAAAUCCUUCGUGCGCGUCCAACCUGCAGAAGGGGAAGCAGCAGCUCAUGGAGAAGAGGGAGGUUCAGGUGAAGAAGAAAAGACCAGAGGCUCGGGAGGUACCUCCACUAGGUUUUUUAUUUAGAGGAUGUUUUCAUUAUAUAUUUGGAGGAGGUGGAAACAGUAAUAGUUCAAGUAAUGUUUAGGAAGUACUAGAAGAUCUGUUUAGUAACUUACAAGAAGAUCAUGUGUAGGACUCAUGUAUGUCAAAAGGUUAAGUGAGAGUGACUAGAUGAACUUCGAGUAACGUAAUCCAAUAUGAGUGAGUGGUCCUCACUGGGCUGGUGAAUUAGAGCGUUACUCGAACUUAAUUUCUGAGUCUCUACAACGUUUCCUAGGUCCAAAGGGUCGCCGUGGAGGACCACGCACUUCUAACACAAGUAGAAUUCUAAGAUUUGAAGAUUAUAACAUUGAGACUCCAGGUUCUCAAUCCGCUGCGGGAGAUCGAGGAUCAAAGAACAGUGAAGUCGAGAGCAGUGGAGAGGGCAACGGCUUGCAUCAUGAUAUUAAGGGUGGUUGUUUUCACCAAUUUUUAUUCCCAAGUACAAAACCACCCGUGGCUUUAUUUUGUUUCUAGACGAGAAUAUGUUGAACAAGCCAAAGUAGAAGAUCUUGUUUUCUAGACGAGAAUGUAUUUGCCACGUAAAAUUCCCUGCUAAAACGACCUGGUCUAAUGAUAGGGAAGAUUCGUCGUUAAACGACGGUGAUCCCGUAAGAGGAACCGGAAUAUCUCCUGGCUUUGGAAGCCAAUACGCUGGAGCGCCAAGGACUGCGUCGGAAUAUGGUCGCUUUGCCAUCACCGAUCAGCUGAAAGUGGCCCAACAAGUCCUCGCACCCACCGUAGAAUCCGCUUACAGGGUGGAAAUGUUCGAUGAGGAUGGCGAGCAGCUACCUCUGCCAACUUUAUGAUGGUGGACAGACAACUUCUUCUCGUGUCUGAUCGUGAUCAUUAGUAGAUAAUUAUAAUUCGUAGUUGUACAACCACCUGUUAUAAUAUUAAGUAGUUUCUUGAAUUCUAAGGCCAGUGAGAUCGUUGUACCUGUUAUAGUAAGUAUGCAGAAGGUCUAGACCUAUUUAGUAGUGCAGGAAGUCGACUUGGGUGAUCACGGAAAACAGAAGCCUAGGGGACAGCACAACGUCCCACUCUCAGGUGCUGUGACCACUUGUCACAGCACCUGAGAGUGCAAGAUGCGAUGCCUGUAGAAGGCGAGUCAACUCCUAUCCUAUCCGACACGCUAACAACCGUCGCCACUGGUCAACGUGAGUCGUUUUUCAGUGCGUUUGAUUUUUCUAUCCACGGUCUCCAGCCCAAUGAGAACGAUCACAUCCUCGAAAAGAUGGUUGUCCGAGGUGAAGAGGUUAAGGCAUCGCAUCUUACCGUAUAAUUCAUCAUCUAUUCAUUGCGUUUUUGACACGGAAUUCAUCUCGUAGUUCUAGCACCUCCUCUCUUAAAUAGAGCUGUGUGUGUAUGAUCUUUGACGUACUCCUGUCGUUUUCAAGGAUAUGAAAACUUCAUUGCGUCAAAGAAAAAAGAUAACAAACUUCCAAGAUGCGUUUUCAAGAAGAAAACUUACAUGCGUCAAAGAUAACAAACUUCUUUGAAGAUGAGUUUACUUUUAGUGAGCAACCGCUCCUUAGUUUUCCCUCAUAUCAAAGGAUGUGUAUCCCUAGAUGCAAAAUACUUUUAGUGAGCAACUUAGAUACUUAAUCCUCUAAGAAAUGUAUGCGGCGAAGCACCAUGACUCGGCGUUGGUCGGAUCUCCGUCGCGAAGUCUCACGCAAUUUCGAAAUGCCACGAUCUCCGACCUCUACUGAGGACAGACGAACUGCAAGACUUGCUUCUCAAUCUUCACGAUUGGCCUUACAGUCUUUAACUGUAGCAGAUGAGCGAUUAUGACUGGAUGAAGAUGAUAGUAGGCUGAAGACUGUGUCUACUGUAAUUCUAGAAAUACUAGUACAGGCUGAAGAGUGUGCAGCAUGUAAAAAUGUUUUAGGAAGGAGGAUCGCAUUGAUUGAUUACUGUUGGAACACCCGAACACGUCCAAGCGCAAUAUGAGGCUCUUGAGAGUAAAUGGAAUGAUUAUCGUUGCAAUGUAACAGAAAGACGAUCAGAACGGACGUGCCGAAUGAUCACUGACUGUUUAAGGCCCUGAAAUGGUAUCAAAAUGGGUUCAAUGUCAUUGGGAUAUCAUGAAGGGUCAUAGUGCAGUUAAAGAUCUGGGAGAUCUUGCUGCUAAUUCAUGUUGGAAUUCAUUGAGUUCAAACGAUGAUCAUAGGAGGAACUAACAAGAGUUCAAGACAAGGAACGGCAUUGAUCAUGAUCAAGGUGACGAGUGAGAGCAGUCAUUUGACAUUGAAAUCAGGUUCGUUCGUUGGAUCUUGAGCCAGUAAUGACCAUUGACCAACACCCCUCCUCAAUCGCUAGGUGAGGAAAUGACGAAAGUCACAAACGGUCUGGUGUUACCUGCUCUGACCCAGAACCAUCACGAUUCUCUAUAUCCACUGACGUCACCACUUGACCAACGACCUAACACCCUAAGAAGAUAGAAUAGGUAAGCACCGCCACGGAAGCAGAACUUGAACCAGACUCAUCAUCUUCCGUUUCCGAGUCACUAUCAUCUUCAUCAUGGUUACGGCUAAUGACUGGAUUCUCUAUGUGAUGUAAUAAUAAUCUGCGUUGAGUAGAUGAGCAUGAAAGUUUCGUUAGUCCAUCAGCUUUCAUGAGGUGAGUAGGACAGAAAACUACUUUCUCAGCUGCGUCUCUAACUCGUAAAUAACGUAACGCAUAGUGUCUACUCUUAGGCUUCGUGUCUUCACUCUUUGCUGUCGAGAUUGCAGACUGGUUGUCUAUCCACAAUAUGGCAUCAUCGAGGGAUGGCGAUAUACCAAACCGCGUUUCCACUAAUUGAGUGGGUAAGGGAUUGAAGAAAUCUGUAAAAUCAUGCAGCUCGCUCAUGACAAUAGUGUCCGACGCGGCUAUAUACUCUGACUCUGCAGUUGAAUAUGCACGCACGGUUUGUGUAUUGCGUUUCCAACAGAUUGGAAAGCCCCGAUAGUACAUAAUCGAACCACUGGUCGAGCGCAUGCUCUUUAUGCAGUUUGCGAAUCCUGCAUCUGAGAACCAGUUAGUAUACGGUAGCUCUCUUCCUUCUGGUAGGAGCUUCUUGUAAAUUCCGUUGAAUUCUUCCUCACUUUCUGGAGAAUAAUAGAGUCCUUGGUCUUUUGUCGUAGCUAGAUACUUUAAUACUUUUCUACAGGCUUUUGCAAUUCUUUCUGUAACGGGCUUACUGACAUACCGAGCCAAUGUCGCCACAGGGACGCAAAUAUCUGGCCUUGCGGUUGUCGAUAUCCAAAGCAGUGCGCCAACAAUCUCACGCAAUGGAAACCCGGCUGCUAGCUUAAGCCCCUCCUCAAGCAAAGCAGACUCGUCGAAAUUUGGAGACCACACCGGCUUACCUAAUGUUAUUUUAUACUUCUGUAUAGUCUUCUCUAUGUACACAUUCAUCAGGAUUUUCACUGAACGUGCUUCCCGACAAUAGUGCACAAUCGCACCAAGAAAGUCGAACUCUAGCCAUUCGAAACCCGUAAGAGAAUCGACUCGCUUUGCCAUCUCAAUAGGUCGGCCAGGGGCGCGACUAAAGAUCCGGUCGAGCUCAGACCGUAACUCGUGAUAGUCAGGUCCAGUAGCUAAGUUAUCAUCAACAUAGACUGACAUCUUCAUAUACUUUCCUGGGUGCGUUUUGCUCUUUUUCCGCCACAAUCCUGGAGCAGAAGGACACGGCUCCCAUCCGAGUUCGGACAAUAGCACGCAAUACUUCUUGAACCAGGCUCGUGGAGCGUCCUUGAGCCCAUAGAGAGCUUUCUUAAGCUUGACGAUAUCCGCUCCAUGCUUCUCCGCCCACACUGGUGGAAGACGGCAGAAGACGUCACGAUCGAGUUCAGCAUUAAGGAACGCAGAAUCAAGGUCGAAUGGGAUGACGAAGUCAGAGUCCGUCGCUGCUGAAACGAGUAAAAGUCUAUUCGCAGCAUGUGACACUACAGGGGCGUAGGUGUCGAUAUUCCCCGAACGAUCAAGAUUCCCGAGCACACAAGCACGAGCUUUGAAAGUUCCAUCACGUUUUACCGUGAGAACGAUUGCUAUAGGCAUUACCUGAGAAGAGGUUCGCAGCUCCUCGUCAGUAGCUGGCGCCCAAGUCUCAAAGGCAAGUAGUCUAGCUUCCUCCUUGGUGAUAGCUGCACGCCAUUUCUCGGCGUCAGGGCUUUUCAAGGCUUGGGAAACUGACAGCAUGACAUGUGCUUCGAGAAAGGUCUCCCCUUCUUCCAGCUCAUGCCCGCCUGCUAGCAUGGCAAAUUUAUGCAUGUCUUUUCUUAAUGCUUCUAGCUCGGCUUUUGUUCUUCUUUUGCGUUGUCCUGGAUUCUUAUCCUUGCUCCCUUUAGGUCUUCCUCGGCCUUUCUUCCCCUCCUCAACUUUGCCUGGUUGAGAUGGUGGAAUGGGUAAGGUCCUCGGAUCCCUUGCUUCAGGAUUAGAGUCAGGCGACACACGCUCCGAUGAGAUAUUCCCCUCCUCAACGCGUUGCGCGUCAGAGUUGGAAUCAUCACCGGUCUUUGGAUCUUCCUCUUUGUCCAAAGAUUCACAGAAAAACUCACCAAUGUCAUUGUUAUCUAGUAUCAUUUCCAUGCCGGUUGGAUCGCCUGAGCUGUACUCCGUGCCAGAGAAGCGCGGCUGACAGGCCAUACGUUGCAGCGCAUGUCUGUGCAGGACGGGACCCAGCGACGGCGUGCCAGACUGCAGGUUUUCCAGCGGGUCAUAAUCAACAUAAAUGCCCUUCGACGUAGGCAAUAGCCAAUCAAUGUUCUUGACUAAUAUCGACUCUCGAAAUUUUACGUCUAGUGUGGAAUACUCACUCCACUUGAAGCCAGCUUUCGUUCUCCCAUCGUUGUGAUAUGUACCUACUAGCCAACCAGACGAAACUGGACACAGACCGAGAAACACACCACGCCGAUAAGGUGACGCAAGCUUUGCUUCUUUCUUGUUGGUGGUGUCUACGACCUGUUCACGAAAGUACACCAAGCAACCAAAUCUUCUUAACAUACCUAGACCACUUUUCGAGGACUUCUUUCCUAUCCUCUUUUCUAGUAUCUCGACAGGACUCAUUCCAUCACGUUCUGGCAUUUUUGCAUAACGAUGCGGUAAGCGAUUCCAACAAUCUCCGGCAUACUGUAAGCAGUAACACCAAAGACGUCGGUCGACUUUGACCAACAUGGUACGUACAGCACCGAAAAUGGUCCGCAUGAAACGUUCGCAAGUUCCGUUCAUUUCUGGGUUGUAAGGAACUCCAGGAAUUUCCGAAACCAGUAGCGAUUGCAUGACUUUGGUCAUAUGGUCACUACUUAGGACGGGUUCGUUAUCUCUACGGAUGAACCACACCACCUUGUCGUCGAGUGACAAUGAGUAGUCCUGGCGAAUGCCUUUUAUUACUUCUUCAAUCACCUCUACGCAGUCCGACUUGAGGCAAAGAGGACGAACGAAACACAUUUUAAUCGAAUCACAAAUAAUGACUAAAGCACAUCUUUUGCUUCUUAUAGAUACUGGUCUAAUACCAACUGCGAAAUCAAUUGCAAGUGUUUUCAAUGGAGAAGGUAUAUGUCCAGGGGGUCUCACUUUUGCAUGAGAGCGUCUUUGACCUUUGGUUCGAUCACAUUCUGGACAAGAUACACUAAGGCCAUCAACGUGAAAGUGACCAAGUCUACGAUGUAUGUCUAAUCUUGAAGCUUGUGAAUGAAGUCUAGCUUCUUCUAUACUAGUGCAUACUAUAUCCUCCUCAGUUUCAUUUUCUUCUUUGCUAAACAUGUCACAGCCUAGAAUAGGUAACUGCAUCUGGGGGCAAUUUGUUAUGGGUAGAGAGCGGCCGGAGCGAGUAUUGUACAACGUUCCGCCACUUUCUGUGAAAUUCAUUUGCCAACCCUUUUCAUGACAGUUUCCUUCACCUAACCACGGUAUAAUGCGAUCUAUGGCUUUUGGUAAGUGUUCAAAGUGUACGCCAUAUUUUAAUCCUAGUUUGUUUUCUUUUAGUCUACCUAGGUUCCCACUUCGCUUUCCAGCAGUGCCACUAAUAUGACAAAGCCGGUGGCUAAUUUUCUUGAAAUCGGAACGAUGGCUAGACAAAUACUUAUUUGCACAACUGUCAACAAGUGAAACUGUUUUGCUUUGAUUUGCACUAAGAUAGCAACCUGAGUGAUUGUCAAUCAUAUAGCUUUCAUCCCUAAGCAGUUCACUUCUAUAUUCUUUAUUCUCAAAGUUUUCUUCCAAGUUCAGCGAACAUUUUCCAUCCUCAUUUUGGAAAUCUUCUUCCAAUUCUUCUUCAUCUUGGGACUGUCCAUCUCGUCUCCCAUAUCCAUUCCAUUCCGGAUUGGUUUCGACUCAGCGUUGUGGUUGUUGUCCACCCCAUUGCUGCUGUGGGUUACCGUUGUCGAAUCCUUUUCCUCCACUUUGUUGCGGUGGAUAGUUGUUCUGGUGCCACGGAGGGAUAGUGUUACCUUGCGGCCAACAGUUGUAUGAAUUGUUGAAGAAGUUGCUGCCCAUGGCUUUGUUAGGUUGGUAGCUUUGACUCAUCGGGUUUAGCCAGCAUUUGUGCGCCUUAUGUCCAUAUUUGUGACAAUAGUUGCACUGGAUGCCCUCAUUAGGAUUUGAGUUCUUAGCACCUUUACCUUUGCCAUUUCCUUUGUUCUUCUUACUACUAGAACUACUACUACUACUCUUUCCACUUCCUUUUGUUGCGUAGACCUCGUUCUUGAUUUCUUUGCGAAUCUUCUUGCGAAGUCGUUUGAUCGUUGUUUUCUUGAGAGCGGCAAACGCGUUACCAUCGUCAUCACUCUCAUCUUGACGUUUACGCUUCUUGGUUUUGUUAUUGUUCUGGUUUUCAUCAUCGGAAUCUUCGACAGCUGGAAAAGCUUUGCCGAAAGAUGGAUUCUCGAUCUUGUACUCACCAGAGUCAAUCAAACUUUGAAGCCGUUUCGUGAGUCUGUCACCGAUUUGGACGAACGUUAGAUGUUCAUCUUCUUGCAUCCUCUCGAUUGUCUGUCGAAAUGCUUUGGAAAACAUUUUUGGCAGAAUGUCGAGGAUUGCUCCGUUUUGUUGAUCAGCAACAGCCACACCAACUUCCGGCGGGUAUACGGUCGGAGAUUGGUUCAUGACAUCUCUAACCUUCGCCAAGAAUGUUGGAACGUCUGGAGGAGAAUCACUGUUCGUGAAAUGCAUCCCUUCCAACGCUUUAGCAGAGAUUCGCUGCUCUGUGCGGUCAUUUUGACUGAAACCAGCGUCACGGAGGUUUGUUACCACUUCACCAGCGUUCAUUACAGUGGUAUCCUGAUCCUUCAUAUGUGCUGCGGCUGCACCUUUGAGCGACUUGAUGAUCACGUUCUUCAAAUCUCGCCAAUUCUGCUGGAGCUUGCGGUCGUUGUUGUUGGGUUGGUUCGGAAUCCCUGCCGCAUUGCCGUUCAGCACGUUGUUGAAGUAUUGGACUAGGUCCAGGCGGUCCGCUUCUUGCGUUACCGCUCGAAGCCAGUCACGCCAGUCAGAUUUCUGUCCCAGUUUGGGUGAAAUCUCUCCAAGACUCAUAUCGGGCAUUUUGUGGCGCAAAUAAUGCGACUUUGUUUUCUCUACUUCUACAAAGUAUUGACUAGCAAUUUCUUUAAUAAGGUAAGGCUCAAGGGCUUGAAACAGUGUUGGAACACCCGAACACGUCCAAGCGCAAUAUGAGGCUCUUGAGAGUAAAUGGAAUGAUUAUCGUUGCAAUGUAACAGAAAGACGAUCAGAACGGACGUGCCGAAUGAUCACUGACUGUUUAAGGCCCUGAAAUGGUAUCAAAAUGGGUUCAAUGUCAUUGGGAUAUCAUGAAGGGUCAUAGUGCAGUUAAAGAUCUGGGAGAUCUUGCUGCUAAUUCAUGUUGGAAUUCAUUGAGUUCAAACGAUGAUCAUAGGAGGAACUAACAAGAGUUCAAGACAAGGAACGGCAUUGAUCAUGAUCAAGGUGACGAGUGAGAGCAGUCAUUUGACAUUGAAAUCAGGUUCGUUCGUUGGAUCUUGAGCCAGUAAUGACCAUUGACCAACAAUUACAAAUGUACAGUUAAAAACAUCACAGCAUCAGCUGCAUUACUCUACAGUGAACAACAUAAGUAUGUCGUUCUAAAAAUGCAUGCCAGUGAGAUAACGUGUAUUCGAAGAAUUAUCGCAGUGUGCGUUAGCCAUUAGAACAAUUAUGACUUUCGAUAUGACUUUCUCCUCUAAGUCACCAGAACGUCUCUUUUGGUGGUAGGCCUACAGCUGAACAGGGGAGUCCGAGUCCCAGAGGAACAGGGGAAGGAGGCUACACGGCCGCUGAAGGUGAAACAGAAGAGCCAAGGAUGAGUGAAGGAGCUGAAGAUGGUCCUGUUCGACAGUCCGCUAGGCCAAGUGCGAGGCCAAGUGCUAGGCCAAGUGCUAGGCCAAGUGCGCGCCCAACGGCUAGAACGACGGCCCGAGCGACCAGUAAGCGUUUGACAAUGUCAGGUCGUGCGAGUGGAGAAAUUGGUGAACUUAUGUUCAGACCUAAGUACUGUAGGUGCAAGUUCUUGAGCCACACAAUAUAAUACCCAUAGUAAGUACUAGGUGUUUUUACUAUUCGUGGUUUUUCAAUUUGAAUUUAGAGGGAGUACUAGAGGCAAGAACACGCACCUUUAUAUUGAUCCACUAAGAACAUCACCUUACGAACUUCUAAUCUUCCCGACGACGAUCCUGCUUCCUCUAUGCCUCUCUCGACCGCUCCUCCACCUCCUGGUGCCAAGAACAAAAAGUUCUUCUUCGCUGUCUCUGAAGCCGCGUAUCGAUUCCUGCAACAAAAUGAUCCGGGUCUGUUGGACAAGAUUUUUCCUCGUAUCGCGGUUCAUGGUCGGGUCACGCCACCAGGGAAGGUGAUGGUUGUGCGCCAUUUGCAAUUUACGACUUUUAUUUGUUUUUUUGGUUUAGUUCUUUCGUACUGUGUGUGGGGGGACCAUUUAAACAAGGAGGUUAUGUUAAUAUUAUUAAUAUUAACCUAACCUUACCUUUUUUUCCUAGUUAGCUUGGCUCCACCCGUAAUAUUAAUAUAAAUCCACUACAUUUUGGAUUUUCUAACGCGUUAAAGUAGCUACUUCACUAGGUAGCUUGAAUAGACAUGAUGAGCUGUUGGUUUAGUUCUUUCGUACUAGUACCAGUGUAUAAGUGCACACUUUAUUAAUACCCACUCGGAUAAUUCUUUACUUCGUCUUGGUUAAAAAUUCUUUAUCAUGAUCGUUGAUGAAGAUGAAUGUCACUCUCGCUAGUCCGUCGUUCUUUUGGCUAGUCCGAUAGGCGUCCUACUACUUUAGGAACCUCUCGCCUCUAAGGAAACCGUCGGUCAUACUGUGGCGAUGUGUGGUGAUGGCGGCAACGAUUGCGCAGCGAUGAGGGCUGCCCACGUUGGCGUCGCUCUCAGCGGUUCCGAGAAAUCUGUCGUAGCUGCGUUCGCUACUCCCGGUGAAUCCCUCAUGUUUAAGAAGACUUUUAGAUACAAUGUUCAUUUCCGGUUCCAAAAGUCAAGAACUACAUUUUCCUUCUUAGUUUAGGACUGCUCUCCUUCUUAGGUUCGGACUUUGUUGAAGAACUGAAGCGAAAAAGAAGAAAUGAAUUGACAAAACAAUUGAAUUGAGCCGCGUUGGGAUGAUUCAGAAUUCUUGUUUUGACCUCUACUCCCGUCUAACCUGUGCUGUGUGGAAAUUCAACGAAUAGGCAGAUGCGCCUUAGCUGCUUGUGGGUCCAUUGCGGAAGCCGCUGUGCAGAUGGGGGCUUUGUUCCUGAUUUCAGCCUUAUGAAGCGAAAAAGUGCACUCACACUCAAGAAAUUGGGUAGGAUUUAAGCAGGAAAAUAGCCAAUUUUUUUGAGUGUGAGUGCACUUUUUUCUUUCAUAAGCCUGGACAGAGUUAUAUUGUCCUGCACGCGGAGGCAUGAUUACUACUACCUUCCUGGUGUCGAUGGACUGCUUAUACGUUGUCGUGGCUCUAGCCGGCCAAGAACCAGCGGACAAGUUGACCAGACCCUUGAGUGGUAAUCUACUCUUAAGGCUAUACAACGUAUAAUACAGCAGAAGCAAAGGAAGCAUGGCCAUACAACGUAUAAUAGCCUCCUUAUCUAUACAGCAGAAGCAACAAGCGCUAUACAACGUAUAAUACAGCAGAAGCAACAAGCAACCUCUGAUCUUCCCUCCACAAGCAGAUGACCCUGCUCCUUGGCCAGCACAGCAUCCCCCUACAGCAUCGAAUCCUUGGUAGUUCUUUUUCAUCUAGACUUGUGAAAAAGAAUCUCCCUACUAAUUAUGACUCUAGUAGUACUCAAGGAACCUCGAGGUCAAGAUGUGCAGAGAACUCAAGGUAAAAAUAACGUACUAGGAACACACACCAAGACCAAGAAGAAACUCUUCCUCUUCUUCUAAUCGUAGCACCAAAGCGCGUGAAACGGUUCCUCGUGGUCCUGUUUUUGCAAUUGCUCUACAUCUUCUCGCUGAACAUGUGUCUCGAGUCCGUCGCGCCUCCUGUAGGCUGGUACAGAUUGGGAUUUUCCGAUGCUGAAUCCGCACAGUACGACGGCGGCGCUGCACCGAUCAAAUCCAAGGCAUCAGCAGCGGCAGGCACACUUAUGGUUUUGUUUAAGUACAUCUUUUUGGUUUCAUCCUUACUCAGGUCACUCAUCAUCCUCGGAGUCGAGUAGGUGCCGGGGGUGCUCGAUGUGCAGGAGAUUCACAACCUAAACUAACCAUCUUGAUUAGUGACUAGAGCUUGGCGAAUCGUGAAGACUUCAGUGGCUAAAGAACGCAGAUGAUCACGAUUCUGCUCAACAUUAAUGUCGAAGGCGUCACGACGAGGUGACGGGACCUCAAAAAUAUUACUGAAUUUACACGACCCUAGUACUACUAGAUUAAGAUUUUUAAAGGCAGUGAAGCUAAACGACCUCUACUUCUAAUCUACCUGAAACUGCCUUCCUUGAGCUGAGUGUGCAAGAGGAACGUGGGGUGGCGUCUUCGUGGUUAGACAGCGGUGCUGAGGUCUUAGAAACAGCAAGAAAAUCAGCAAGAAAGGUGCCAGCUGACGCCCUGAGAGCAGUUACUGAGGAGGCGACGACGACAGCGAAUGAUCCAGCUUCUACCGCUGAUGAGGGCACGAUUAUGGAAAACCACCAACACCUCUAGUAUAGGUACAGUCAUCAUCAUCAUGACUGAUGUUGAGUGCUCUCUAGAAUCUAGAUUGGAAUCAUCUGCAGUACAUGUAAUAGAUUCGACGUGCUGCACAAUGUUACAUUUACUGGUUACUACCACUUUUUUAGAGAUACAUCCGAGAAGUUGUUAGCGUGGUCAGGAUGCAUAUUUGAGACAUUCAUUGAUUCUCUAACCCCUUGCCCUUCAAAAAGGGAACUACAGUCAGAGUUACACCUUACCUGGAGGAAGAGCCGGAGGUGAUGCCGAACAGUUUAGGCAGAUACGCACGACUAUUCAGUCUCCGUUUGGAUUUCAUCCCAUCGAUUUUCCGAUUGACUUUUUUGCCUGAAACGAUGAACCUCAACUGGUUCUAUGCCUCAAUCGGCGUCAUCAUGAUGUUCUGUCUGGGACUCGACACAACGCACAGAAAGAACACCUUCAACCGCAGCACGUUUAUUUAAGAAUAAGAAAAUCUUUUUAGGCUAGCACAGAUGUCUCUUCUUCAUUUCUUCUACUAGUACAAGUAGGAAAAUCUUAGGCAUUUUGCCGAAUAGAUUCUAAUCAUCAAGGAGAUGAAGCUUUGUUAUAAAAAUAUGAAUGUUGUUGAUCAUGAUGUUGAUGUCCAUUUUCUGAAGAUUUCAUACUGUGAGCUCAACUUUGUCUUUGAAGAUCAGAACCUAGUAGAUGAACUAUCCUUCUGAUAGUGAGCUCGUCGCUCUAGCUCUAACGCAUUUACCCUUUCGUGGGGUUCCUGGUGUUUCUGCAGUUCAUGUUCUACGGGAAUACAUUGAUUCACGGUAUCUUCAGCUGCAGCAUCGACAACAAAUCGAAUUGGGAAUCCUACGAUCCGAGUAAUCCUGCUGUUACAGGUCUUUAUGGGUUACAAAGAGAAUUUGGGUUUGGUUACAAAGAGAAUUUGAUACAAAUUUUGGGCCCUCCCUCAUGAAUGGGGAGCAAGGAGUGAGGGAGCACCCUGGUACGCGCAGCACCAUCCAGAGAGAGGCCUUCGGCUGCUUAUAUUCCCUUCAUCCAACGUAUAGACUAUACAAAUAAUGAUUCGGCUUUAUCGCUAUUCAUCUAUACGUCGUAUAGUUGUAGAUCAAAAUGAAAAAUUGCAAUGUAGAGUACUUAGCAAUAGAAGCGUAGAAUCAUUAGAAUAGCAAUAUGAGCGUAAGUCGUAGGUUCCAACGCUUUCUCCCUUCUAACUCCCAUACGGCAUGCGCUUGAAUGCUGGCGCGGAAAUCAAUGCGGAUUACUUCUGGUUUACGCGUGCUGACACCUCGUUUUUCAAGCAGGAAGAUACUUCUAGUGGCGAUUCUGGCAGUAGCAGCAGUUCUAGUUGUUGUAGUGGAGACGCGGACGCAACAGCCAGCGAAGCUGCUGCUCCUACUGGUGAGAUCCCUGGCGCUGCUGCCAAUACUCCUACUGGAGUAGAGGGAGAACAAGGAGGAGACACGGCUGUCGCCGUGUCUGCAGAUGGUGAGAUUGUAACGACCUCGUUCUUGGCCUCAGGAGGAAUGACUACAAUUAUGAAACAUUUUUUGUUGUUGUUUACACCAUGGAACUUGGUAACUUUCCCCCUUGGCUUAGAGAUGUGCAGCAAAUCUUGACUGGCUUCUUCCUUUUUAUAUCUAUGUUCCAGGGCGCGGGGCGACGGCCCCCCCUAGCGGGGGGGGGCGGGCGCCCUGGACCCCGUUUUAAGGCGUCUGCCGGGGGGGAAGGCCUCGAAAGAGGGACCAGUGGCCUCCCCCCUCCGCUCCCUUCCAGCUGCCUGGCUGUUCCCCCGGGGCCUCCGAUGGUGGUGGGAGGCUUCAAAAGGGGCCCAAGGGACCGCCUGCGCCCCCGUCCAGGUGCCUGCUUGUGCCCCAAGUGCAUCCGUUAGGCUUCGCCGCCGCAGCCGCGCCGCCUGUGCCCUCCGGGCCCUUUGUCAUCGGCUUGCGUGCUCUUGCGACCGCGGCUGCCUUCGGCGGCCUUCUACCCCGGAGACCACCCGCCUGCGAGGGUCAGCAGAGGCCAGGAGGCCCCUUGGGAAUACGCUGAGAGGCCCAAGGGGAGGCCCGCGCCAAGUUUUGACGCCUUCCACCACUAGAAUCCGCGAAAAAUCCGCGCGGAAAAGCGCGCGCGCCACCACAGACCAGACCACAGGGGGGGGGCCGUCCGGCCUUGAGUCAUAUAUAAGGACGAGGCUUAGGCCCAGCGACGCUUAAAGCACGAAAGUAAAGCAACCGGUUAGCUUUCUCUCUACCCUUAGGCUUAUCCCUUCAUGCAAUAUACAGUGCGACUUUGAUCUUCUCCUCCUCGAGCUAUCUCCAUCUCUCGUACAAAAAUAUCACAUACUGUCACCAUCUGUACGAGAAUAUCUCUUAAUGAGAAAUCUUCUUAUUGUUGGUACCCGAGAAUAUCUUCUUAUUCUUGAGUUGCUACGUGGUUCGAAUGAAUGAAUGAAUGAAUUCUUAUAUUGUUUCUUACUACAUAGAAGCGAUAGGUUUUUUGGCUAAUGCUUGUGGUGGACGUUCCAACGUGCUGGCUACUAGUGUGGGGAACCCAGUCAUCAGUGCAAACCGAAUGCAACAAGAUCCUAGUGCAGACAGAGCAAAAUUAUGCUGGGGAUUUUGAUUUGAUAAAUCUUUGCCCCUGUUAUACGCUUGAAAAAAAAAUUGAUUCACAUAAUGUAGACAGCACUGUCUACAUUAUAUACUGUUAGUGACAGUAUCAAUGUUCAACUUCUACUCUAUUCUUGUACUAUCCAACAUCCGCGAGUUUCAAAUUUGAAGUGAGUGCAAUCCAUUAUACUACAGACUAGCUCUAAGAUAUGAAGAACUCAUCGAGACCUAUUUCGAUCGAGAAGAACGUUUAUGCCCAUGUGGUGCCGAUGACAACGAAGAGGGAGAGCAGAAGGAUGGUGGCGGUGGUAGUAGUAGUAGUAGCUGCUGUGGUGACAGUGAAACAGCUUUAAGGCAAGUAAGUAAUGCUCGUCAAAGUCUAAGUCCUCUAGUGCUUUGAUUAUUUAGGUUUGAUGAAGUAGGUUGUAACUCAUACAUCUUUGCAUUUGACUCGUUAUAAACGUACUUGUUCUUAGAAAAUAGAUCUAGCCAUUUCUUGUACCUAGUACUCUAAAAGUUUAAAUUUGAUAAAGACGCCUAGCUAAGUAAGGAUAGAACUUUCUAAUAUUACCGCCUUCGAUUGGCCAGUCGAAUAGGGAGAGACUUUCCGCACGUGGCGCACCUCCGGAAAUUGAAAAUUACGGCUAGAAGUCAAGCACUAUCUACUGCUGGGUGGGUUAUUCCUCUUAGAGAGGGAGACUAGAAUGGUAUUGUGAGUCAAACUAUUCUGUGUAUGCUGAGUAUGUAUGUGAUUCCACCUCUCAGAGAGAGUAGAGCAGUCAAGAGGUUUUUUUAUUGAAGUGGGGCAGUAUGAUGAUGAAUAAGACGCGCACUGUACCUAAAGUAGCGGGAACAAAGUAAGGAAACAACAACUCACUUAACCUCGGAUAGAGAUAAUUUUGUUUGAGAACAAUGCGCUAAGAAAAGCCUACCUAUGUGUCGACAGUGCCAGCGACUACGGAAGCAUUUCCUUUCGUAGUGAUCGUUGGUUCACCCUUGGCGAAGAGGGGUAGGGAACUAACAAAAGCUCCUACUGCUGUAACGGGAGGAGAAAAAGAUUAUGAUAUGCCUUUUUGUAGGAGUGAAUUCGAAUUGAACUAACCUAUUAUAAGUGAAGGAUCAUUUCUGCUGGAUACCAGUGUAUAGAACCUCUGAGUCCACUCAUGUUGAUGAGUUCCUUUUCAUAUCCAUUCAAAUAAUACCAUCAACAUCAUCCAAAAUAUAGGACUAGUGUUUCCACCUAUGAAAAUGCUCAAUCUUGUUUUUCCACAGUAGACAUUCCACCUAUGAAAAUGCUCAAUGCUCAGUCUUGUUUUUCCACAGUAGAUGUGUCUAAGAACUCGAGCUAGGAGCAGCUAAGCCCGAAGAAGGAAUCGCGGCCAGCUUUGUUCCUGAAGGCGUAAAGGAUCUGGUCAAUCCAAGGAACCCGGCUGCGGAUGAUCUGUUCAAGCCUACCGCUCCCACAACUUAUGGAACUAGAUGGCGUGGAACACUGGAUGUUGAACUACUUAGAAGUGAAUUAAUGUGUGCCAACCUACUUGUACGAUCAACGCGGCGUGACAUCACAAGUACAUACAUGACAGGUCCCUUCAGGGCAAGCAUAAUUUAUACUAUAAGUAAUUCCUACUUGUUUCCUCUCUAAGAAUCGCCGAACACGCAUCGCCACUUCCCUUCCGUAGCCACCUUUUCGUCUUUCUUAGCAGCGGAGGACAACAAGGUGGUAAAGAAGACGUCAUUCUUGGCGGAGGAUGAAGACGAAGAACCUCCGUCGCCACCGUCGUGGGUGCUGGCAAAGCAGUUUGGGAACCAAGCCGUUGCCGAACUCCGCGAGUUAGUGCGACCAAGGGGGAUUUUGGCACAGUUAUGUGUUGACGAUGUUACUGACAUCUGUUUGAUGAGGAUGUUGCUGACAGUUUGAUGUUUGACGAUGUUCGUUCUUGCUUGUUGUUGUGUAUAUCUUGCAAAGGAGGAGGAGGGUGCUUUCUUCUGAAGUUCAACGUUUACUACAAGAAUAUCAACAGAUCACUUACCACCUGGGUUUACAACUUUUGAUAUAUAUUUUACUCCAAAUAGAUAAUACCCUUGCUUCCACCCGCCCACAGAUGGAGUAAGAAGUCUUGUUAGUCCACUUGCUUCUAAUCCUUGCCCACUACCUGUUCCACGUACGUCAUAUGCAGAAGCAGUUUGAGAAUCCGCAAGAGUACAGGAUUCCCGAAGUGACCACCUCGCUGUUUCGCUAUGGUGAGCAUAGGGUCAAUGCGCAGUGGGUGCAAAUAUCGGGGAUCAAUUUUUACGGCUUUCAAAAUCUCAUGCAUACUAACUUUGCAGGAAUUCUAAAAUCCUUGUAAAUUCUUGACUGCUCUCGUCGUCCACAUCCUAUGUUAACCAAGCAGCUCUUCUUCUAAGCUGUCUUUAGUUGCCCAACACUACUUCAACCACCUGUACACCAUGCCUACAGAUUUUACCAGGUGUACCACCAAACCGAUUGUGGACCCCAACCUCUAACGUUCCCUACCUUUCGUGAUGUUGCAAGACGGAGAGGUUGAUUGGGCGGGUUACGAAAAAGGGCUUGUCGACAUCGGCGCUGCUCCGAAAGAGGGGAAGAAGAAAUUUGUCGAUGCGCAUCUCAAGAAUGCGGACACGAGUGAUCGCAUGCAGAAACGUGCUCAUGAUUUGACCACGUUUUACUUUACGACAGGAUUUGAAUCUUGAUGUAGCGAGCAGUAGCAUUUGUGAAUAAAACUCGGUGUCGAAGUCGACUCCAAGUGGACGACAGUUAAUUGGCCUUAAAGUGAACAAGAAGUCCAGAAAUUUGAGUACAACGACCUCACUACAAACCUUCACAAUAACCUUAUUCUUCCGUGCUUAUUUGCCAUCUGUAUCAUAUGGUAUCAAUCCUCUUAAAGAUGUUGUUUUCUAAUACCCGUCAAGAAAUGUGUAAAGCCACUUGGGUUUCCGGUCUUUCGCGUUCCGCGGCACCUCACUCUCGCUUCUACUGCUGGUUCAUCGCAGUCUCUUCAAACGGUGACAACUGUUUCCUGGUACCUCGUGUGAGCGGCCGCCAACCUCUGGGACCAGAUAUUCCAGCUUUCAUGUUAUGUUGAUAUCACUGCAAACCUCAUCUUCAUGCCAUCACAUCAUGUCCUUCAGGCUUACAUCACUGAUAGAUUAUCCUAAGCAUAAGCAGUAACCUAUCCCACGCCCACCCUAUGAAACACUUUCGGCUCAUCCUAAAACACAGGAACCAAUCGAUCCCCUUCAGCGAAGCCAACCAACUAUCAUAGUGAAGCCCUUUGUUGAUAUUAGUUGUCCUCAAGUUGAUGAUCCUCAACUCACUACUGACAUACAAACUCGACCACGUCCCAUAAUUCCCAAUAUUCUUCUAACCUAUGAACAACAGUUGAACCCUCAAGGGGCUUGGUAUUUCGCACAAGACUAUGAUUUCGAUCGCGAGCAACAGAAGGGCGAGAGUACUGUGGGCAAUCCGAUUUUUUCGGCCUUCGAAAAUGACCCGAUUUUUGACGAGACGGCGAUGCUGUACAAGCGACCUUUGGUGAUCCGUACGCCGAAUACGCUAUCGUUUGGCGGCGACUGUGCGGGAGAGAAGAAGCGCUGUGACCCUGAAGCAAAGGCACGCGAAGCGGCCAAGAUUAUGAUGCAUUUGACACUUUUAGAAUACUUAGAUAGAUGUUGAUUGUGAAGAUGUUCAACAUGUAAGAAUGAUACUUAGAAAAUCAUGUUGAAGCGAGUGGAAAUUGUUUUAACUUUGGUGCGUAUACAUAUUAAGGAAUAAUGUUUUCGAAUCGGCCUCUGUCUCAAUAUGAAAUAGCCCAACGAUCGUUCUCUUUCGUCUCUCUCUCUCUCCUCUAAUACACGCCCUUCUCCCCCAACAAACGAUGUGGCGAAGAAGUUGCGCUAUCAUGAUGACAGCUACGCGGUUUUCUACCUGAAUCGCCAUAAUGCGGUGAUGUGGAAGAAUAUUGUGGAGUCACCGCCUGCGCCGAGUACUGAGGAAGAUUUCUAUUAUGGCAUCCGAAAGUCUUCGGCUAGUUCUUACCACAAUUAUUAUCUUCAGCUGUCGCUAUCCUAAGAUUUGUAACCACGACAAUGAAAAUUUUCAUCCUAAAAUACGUAUAACCAAAACCACAAACAUCAUUAUCUUCAUCUGUCGCCAUCCUAAGAUUUGUAACCACGACACAUCAAUGAAAUAUAUCAUCCGUCAACAUCCUAAAAUACGUAUAACCAAAACCACAAACUACAUCAGUCUGCUCUAUUUUUCUCCUUCUCUAACCUUUUCUUCCACGCAAGGAUUUCAACGUGGAGGAAGACACUGAGUGGUUCCCGAGUGUGUACGAGCACUACGCUGGUACCUUCUUUCCAACCUACUACGUCUACCUGACCAUCAUCUUGCUCCUCUUCAUCGGCAUCUUUGGUGUGACGGUAUACAUCUUCUUGCAGAACUAG